AUGGAAGUUGACCCAGAGACGUUUCAAGACAAUCUACUCAAAUUCUUGGGAGAAUCACCAACAUUUGAGCUUGGCCAGAAGCAGCGCUAUAUAUAUUUCCAUGAUUUAUCAAAAAAAUUGGAGAAAAUGAAGACUGUUUUUUCAAAUUACCGAGUUCAAUAUGCCUCACUUCAACAAAAACUCACCGACAUUGAAGAAGCAUUAACAGGUGUUUCGGAGUUUUCCGCUCCAUUGAGAAAUUGCAGAUUUCAGGUUGUGACUAAUGGAAUUAAAGAUUCUAUAAAUGUUUAUCUUAAAGUAUUUGAUGACUAUAUUCUCAAUCCUGUCAUCAAGUUCAUCAAUUCGCUUGAAGACAUGGAGUUCUUGAAUACAGUUGCAGACGAAAAUCACACAAAUUUCGAAGAUGCUUAUGAUAAGUUUAUGCAAGAGUCUAAUACUAAUUCCAAAGCAUAUCUCACAAAACAGUCCAAUCUUAUCGAUGCUCACAAAUAUGCUUCAUCCACAUUUGUUAAUUUUUAUAACAAAUUAGAAGAAAUUACCAUUGAUAUGAAAACACUCCCUUCACUCAUCGUAGCUGGUUUCAUCGAAGCUCACAACCAACAAGCUGAAUCCCUUAAUUCUAUCCUUAUCAAGAACAAUAAUAACUUAAUUAAACAUGCCACUCUCUUAGAAAUCAUCAAAUCCGACAAAGAAAAGCAAAAAUCAGACGCUCAUAAGCUCGAAUCAUCAGUUUGCGGCAUACUUCCAAAUUAUUGGAACCGAUUUUCAACUCCCUUCAAAGGAACAACAAGAUUAACGAUACAGGGCUGGUUAUACAAACGUGGAAAGCGGUUCAGCAGCUGGCAGCGUCGAUUUGUCGUUGUUUCGAAUGGUUUCUUAUCUUACGGAGCUAAUGUCGACGAUUACAUGCGCGAUCCUACAACAAUCAACUUAGUAUUAUGCAGCGUACGAUACGAAAAGGAUUCCCAGCGUCCAAAUUGCUUCUCAAUCACUUCACCUGACGAAAUUAGAGUUUUCGAAUGCGUUUCCCAAUACGAUCUCGACAGAUGGAUAUCUAUUAUCGAGUCCAACAUCAUGUCUGCCAUUAAUAACAGCGGAAAACGUAAGACCCAAGAUGUUGCCAGAAAUUCAACAAUUCUAAUGAAGCCAGCCCACUCAUUACGCUUCGAAUGUGCUGACUGCAAGUCCUGCGAUGCUACAUGGAUCACUUUGAACUGGUGCCAGCACUUAUGCAGCAAAUGUUCCGGAGUUCACCGUUCUUUGGGACCAACGAUCUCCAGAGUUAGAUCCAUCGUCUUGGAUACAAUCCAUCCGUGGCCUCUCAAAGUGUUCGAGAAAUUGAGCACUUCACCGACCAACCAAUUCCUCGAAUACAAAGUCGAAGACAGGGACAAAAUCACAGCGAGCUCUUCGAACGAGAAACGCGAAGAGUACAUCAGAAAGAAGUACGUCGACCUCGCAUUCGCUGACGACAGGCCAAAGGACUACAACAUCUUCGAAGCGAUAGAAGAAGGAGAUUUAUUCAAAGUUUUCAAAUGCGUCGCAACAGGUGACCAUAAAACAGGCGGAGAUUACUUACCAAUACACGCAGCAGCAAUCCAAGGCGAUGCGCUCGUUUUAACUUUGAUCGCGAUGAAUAUGAAUAAUCUUGACGAGGCUGACAACGGAGGAUGGACAGCUUUGAUAUAUGCCGUCUAUUACGAUAACGAAGAGUGCGUUAAUUGCUUGAUCGAUUUAGGCAGCGAUCCAGAAAAAUCUUCUGUUCCUCUCUGGAAGUGCGCGAAGGCUAUUAAAUCGCAGCACAUGAUGACUAAGUUCCCACCGCCAUCACCAGAACUUAAUAACGAAGAGAACAUCGAGAUUACGCCACCUCAUGGUCCGAAAUCUGCUCCAAGAAAGAGAUUUUUGACAAAUACUGACUUGGUCCCACCAAUGCCAUCAAGACCAAGAAGAUCAGAUAGAUUGUCCGCUGUAGAAACACUCCAUGAGUUCGCAAAGAAGAGAAGAUACUCCUAUAAUCAAGUUGCUGAGUCAGAUUAA